CCUCGCCCUCCCUGAUGACCUGGGGCACUUUGUGGGGCGGGAUCGAGCCUUGGUCAGGGGAGAUUCGGCAGCGUGCUGCCUGGAUCUGCCUGUUUUGGCGGCCUUGGAACAGCAGGAGAGGUGGCUCAGCCUGUGUCCGUGCUUCAUCGGGGUCCGAGGGCCGCUCUGGGGCAGGAACGUCCACAGGGAACAGCAGGGUGUGACUGGUGACCCCAGGGUCUCUGGCCUGGUUCCUGGGGAUCCUGCUUGGGAGGAGGGAGGGGGUUCCUCAGCCGCAGUUCAUUCUGAACUUGGUUCUGGUGGCGAAGUGGGGCUGGUAGGGUCUGUGAGGACCUGGCUGGGGCUGCUCCCGCUGAGAGGGGAGCAUGUCACCUGCCCCGGGUCCGCAGCAGGAGGCUCGCCCAGGCCUUUAACACCCCGUCCAGCCGGGCCAUGAAGCUCUCUCGCUGAGGCCCGAGGCCCCGCCAUGUCUUCUCUGAGCUGUGCUGCGUUCUCAGUGCGUCAGGGAGUGAGGCGGAAAGCAGCUCCUUCGUUUACCCUCCCACCAGGAGCGGGCAGCCAUGGAGCCUCCCCCACAUGCAGGGGCCUGGGGUGGGCGCAGGUGCCGGUGUGGGGGCCUGUGUGGCAGGUCUGUGCCUGUUGCCGGGGUGCUGGCCCCUGGGUCCCCGGCGUUGGCAGGAGGGCAGGCGGGUCAGAGGCCCUGUGGAUGCUCUGACCGCAAAAGCCUGGUCAUCUGGCGGCUCAUCCUCUCCAAGUGGAUUUGUUCCCGUUUGUGUCUCGUGAUUUAGAGCAAGUUGUUGCCCGAGAAACUGUCCCCAGGGGAGCUGACAUCCACUUGGCCGGUUAAUCAGGGCACAAGUGGGCAGGUCAGUGGUGAGCCAGCACUGCUGAUGCAGAGAGCCCCGUGGCACAUGGGGAGGAGGGGACCAGCAGCACCUCCCCAGCCUGGGGUGCAGCCUCCCCAGGCCGCUCUGACCCCUGGAGGGUGGCCGCCCUAGGGUAAGGGUCAACCACGCCUUCAAGCUCUGGGCCUGGUCUGCCCGCCCCUGGAGGUCCAGGUGGCCUCCUGCGCCAGGGGUUGCGGUUCACCCUGCCUGGUGGCCUUGGCCGCUCACAUCUUUGCUCCGGGUGGGAACGUGGGGAAAACUCUGUGCUCUGUCCACACCAUUUCCUCGUCCCCUCGAGAGUGGCAUCAGGCAGGAGAGAAGACGGCAUCUGAAUAGUGGUGAGGCCAGCGGGUAGAGAGUCUGCUGAGAUGAGUCUGGUGGACGAGUCGUGGGGAGGCUGCUGCAGGAGCCUGGCUCAGCCAGGGCCCGGCCUGUGGGGAGAGGACUGACCCAAGUCCCUGCCAAGCCUGUGUCCGCCUCCACGUGCCGCCCAGGCUCAGCCCAUGCAUUGCACGCCCUGCUGGCUGUCCCUGUAAAGCUGCCCCCACCCUGGGCAGCCAGCCUGGAACCCCGGGUGCCACGUGUGACUAUGGAUGCCUGAGGACACGUGGAUCAGCCAAGGACGCGUCCAGGGAGGCUCAGGGCAGGCCUGAGGCUCCGGAAUCUGAGCAGACUCCCGGUGUGACCGAUGCCGGUCCAUGACCUGACCUGGAGCAGGCAGGGCGGAGGCUUGGGACAGGGAGGGGGCCAGCCCGGACAGUUUGGCCGCGUGUGGUCGGCCUCUCCUCUGCCUCGUUACGUGACACCCCAUUGCCCAGGCAUCCAGCUGUGGACACAACACUGAGGGUGAGAGGCCAUCUGGACUCUCCCUGCUUCAGAGCGGCUAGUCGGGAGGGUCACUGUCACCAUGUCACCAUCAUCACCAUGGCAACAGCUAUCGAUUCUUCUCCUGGUUACCCCUCUGGCCACCUUCCAUUUUUGCCUUUUUUGUAGGCAGAGGAAGUACCUGCUUCUCCCAGGGAGGAGCUGGUGGCUUCCAGGCCCUCAGGGAGGACGGUGGGGUUGGUGGCUGAUCCUGAAGGGGUCCCUCGGCACUGAGCCCUGUGCCCCAUCCCAGGGGCUCUCAUGGCACCGUGCCUGCAACCCCUGGGCUGUGUGUCUCUGUGCUCCUGCCUUGCCCAGGCCUGUGCUGCUCAGCUCGGAGGCACCUUUCCGCUCCAGAAGGUGCUGGAAUAAUGGAGCGUCACAGAUGCUUGCUUCAGAGGCUCCAGGAGGUGACGGGCGCUCCCAGCCAGGCUAGAGCCGCUGACCUCUUGGCUCCGAGCCCGCGGCCACCAGCAGGGAACGGGAGCUCUGGCUCCUCCUGAGAUGACAGAUCCUCGAGAAACGAGUGUUUUGGCACCCUUGGUGGCAGCUGGUAAUCAAAAGGCGCACCAUGACCGCUGGGCAGCAACAGUGCCUCCUGCUCAUCAGAUGCGAGUCCAGCUCCACGGAGAUGGGGCUGGGGGCCUUGUCUCCAAAGGAGGAUUAGAUGCCUUCUCUGCGCCGCCCCAGCACCACGAGGGGCUUCUGGGCUGUUCCAGCACGCAGCUCUGCCUGGGAGGAGGUGCGGCUCGCCAGUGUCCUCACGUGGUCCCCCAGCUCCACUCCCCCACCUUGGGCUCCUCCAGCGAGGGGGGCGGGGUGGCCCUGGCUUGACCUGUCUUGCUCAGGGAGCUGGGGGGCCCUCCCAGACGGUGACUCGUGGCCCCACCCCCUCCUCCCUCACGUGACACCUGCACUGGUCAGUCUGGCCGCAGUGCCAAGGAGCAUUGGCCUCCCUGAUAUGACUCUGUGGACGUUCUGCUCUCAAGUCCACUUGGGCCACAGCCUUGUGGCCACCCCACCUGGUGUUCCCGUGAAUCUCCGGCCCCCGCCUGACUUGUGAGGACGCCAGCAGCCAGAGAGGGGGCACUCACUCCCCUGCGGGUACGGGAGGGCUUCGGCCCUCACAGGUGCAGGCGACAGCCCUGGGCUGCCCUGCCCUCUGAGCUAGCUUCAUUUAUGGCCGCAUCGGGGCUGACUGCCCUCUGAGCAGUUUCACCGCCAGCGGGGGGACGACGUCAGCUACUUUGGAGUUGGGGUGAGGGCCUCGUCAGGCAGCCCUUGCUGGGGGAGGGACCCUCCCCAGCCACAAUCCAGCUGCUCCUGGGGGCUAGUCUGGAUGCCGUCCUGGAAGCCAAGUGCUCCAGGAGCGCCCGGCAUGGUCUGGGAGCCCUGGAUCUCCCCCAGGUCGGGGCAGCUGGGGAGCUGGUCUCUCAUCAGCACCCCCCACGUUUGUACUGUUGCCAGAGAUACCCCCUUUCUCCCCUGCACCCCAACACUGCCUUUAUGGGAGCCCCCUGGGCUCCUGCCACAGGGCCUGGGCAGUGUCAUCUUCACAGCUGGGGCCAAAGGCCGGCACAACCCUCACACAGUGGGAAGGACACAGGUGUCGGGGUGGGGUGGUGAGAGACCAGGCGGGCACUUGGUCUCAGCCCUUACUGUCACCAAGGAUGAAGAGCAUGGCGGGGUGGGACGGGCACUGGUGGAGCCUGCCCCUUGAGCAGAGGUGGGUGGUGCCCUCCUGCCGGCCCAGGCCAGGCUCCACGGGGGGACAGACACGCAUGUGGGCUAUGGGCUUCUCCUGUCUCCUCGCCCAGCCUCUGAACUGCUUCACCUGCCGUCCUGCUUAAAGGUGGAGGGCGUGCCUGGCAGGACCGCUGAUGUCAGGUGGAGCUGUGCCAGGAUUCCUAUUGUCACAGUCACAGGGGACUUGUUUGCUCGGCCCCUUCUCCGGGGCGAGGGCCGGCCGCAGCCUCUAAUCAGGAUGCACAUGUUCUUCCAGAUUGAAUCCUGGGAUGAGGGACAGACAUGCACAGGCAACCACGAGACAGUGAGGCAGCCCAGGCCUGGAGCCCUUUCCCUGCCGACACCUGGACUGUUGGGACCUGUCGCCCCACAGAUUAUAAGAACGUGUAUUUUUCAUACAGAAAAAAAAAAAGCCAGAAAGCAGCUUGAAUCUUUAAAAGUGUCAGCGUCGUGAAAGACGCAACAACAGUGAGGAGUCUCCUGGGUUAGGGACUCCCGACGCCCGGAGGGAGGACGGGAACUGGUGCCGCUGAGCGCGCUCCUCGUGACCCGUGGUUAGGCCUGUUCAUGCCCGCCUUGUUCUGGAUGCUCUCAGGGCAGUGCUCAGGCGACGUUCUCUUCCAGAUGGCCGAGGUCCACAGGCAGAUUCAGAAUCAGCUGGAGGAGAUGCUGAAGUCUUUUCACAAUGAGCUGCUCACGCAGCUGGAGCAGAAGGUGGAGCUGGACUCCAGGUACCUGAGUGCCGCGCUUAAGAAGUACCAGGCGGAGCAAAGGAGCAAAGGGGACGCGCUGGACAAGUGCCAGGCCGAGCUGAAGAAGCUCCGCAAGAAGAGCCAGGGGAGCAAAAACCCCCAGAAGUACUCUGACAAGGAGCUGCAGUACAUCGAUGCGAUCGGCAACAAACAGGGCGAGCUGGAGAGCUAUGUGUCGGACGGCUACAAGACUGCCCUCACCGAGGAGAGGAGGAGGUUCUGCUUCCUGGUGGAGAAGCAGUGCGCCGUGGCCAAGAACUCUGCCGCCUACCACUCCAAGGGCAAGGAGCUGCUGGCGCAGAAGCUGCCCCUGUGGCAGCAGGCCUGCGCGGACCCCAACAAGAUCCCGGACCGCGCCGUGCAGCUGAUGCAGCAGGUGGCCAGCAGCAACGGCUCCAUCCUGCCCAGCGCCCUGUCGGCCUCCAAGUCCAACCUGGUCAUCUCGGACCCCAUUCCGGGGGCCAAGCCCCUGCCAGUGCCCCCCGAGCUGGCCCCAUUUGUGGGGCGGCUGUCAGCCCAGGACAACGCGCCUGUCAUGAACGGCGUCUCGGGCCCGGACAGCGAGGACUACAACCCCUGGGCUGACCGCAAGGCGGCCCCGCCCAAGAGCACGCCCCCCCCGCAGUCGCAGGGCAAGCUGAGCGACUCCUACUCCAACACGCUGCCCGUGCGCAAGAGUGUGGCGCCCAAGAGCAGCUAUGCCGCCACGGAGAACAAGACCCUGCCCCGCUCCAGCUCCAUGGCAGCCGGCCUGGAGCGCAAUGGCCGCAUGCGGGUGAAGGCCAUCUUCUCCCACGCGGCCGGUGACAACAGCACACUGCUGAGCUUCAAGGAGGGCGACCUCAUCACCCUGCUGGUGCCUGAGGCCCGAGAUGGCUGGCACUACGGCGAGAGCGAGAAGACCAAGAUGCGGGGCUGGUUCCCCUUCUCCUACACCCGGGUUCUGGACAGCGACGGUGGCGACAGGUUGCACAUGAGCCUGCAGCAGGGGAAGAGCAGCAGCACUGGGAACCUCCUGGACAAGGAGGACCUGGCCAUCCCGCCCCCCGACUAUGGCACGUCCUCCCGGGCCUUCCCCGCCCAGACGGCCGGCGCCUUCAAGCAGAGGCCGUACAGCGUGGCUGUGCCCGCCUUCGCCCAGGGCCUGGAUGACUACGGGGCGCGGGCUGUGAGCAGGAACCCCUUUGCCAGCGUCCAGCUGAAGCCGACGGUGACCAAUGACAGGUCUGCUCCCCUCCUCAGCUGAAGGCCACCUCUGCACCCGCUGCCCAUGGGGCCCCUCCUUCCCCGCCCUGACCUGGAAAUCUGCAAGGCCCUCCUCCUCCCACCUCACCUCAGUCUGGCCUGGGCUGGGCCCCGGCUGUCCCUCCAGGGUCAGGAGGUGGCACCUGGCCAUGGCAGAGGAGAGUGAGGAGGGCCAAUCCCCAGAGCCAGCUCCCGGGGUGCAGGAAGGCCACCCUGUCAGCUCGUAGCCAUGAGGGGCACCCCUGCCUGGUUAGCAAAGAGGCUGCCCACCUGUGUUAGCCUGCGGGCGGGAUGGGGGCAGGAAAAGAGCCUGCCACCCUUUGGAAGAUGGAUUUACUAUGAGCACUUAACUUUUCUGGCAGACCCUCGCUCUGGGCUCUGCUGGGCCUCCCUACGCCUGCUGGCAGUUUUAGGGGGCCUCCAUCCAGCUUCUCCCUGCCCAGGCCUAACACCCAUCCAGACCUGGCUGAGGGCCCCCAGUGCCCCUCCCUGGCCCCAGGGUGAGUGGGUGGUGCUAUGGCCUUGUUUGUCCCCAAGCUGUGUACCAUUGGGGGGGUUCUGCUCCAGGAUUCCUGGGUGGGCCCCACUCCCUGCCCUAGCUGCUUCUAUAUUUCAGUUGAAAUACAAGAUUUUGGAACUUCA